ACAUAUUUGGAAUUUUUUGCCAAAAAAUAAAAUAAAAUAAAAAAUGGAAACAGUGGACCCAAGUUUAAAUUAUUUUUUCGGCAAAUAAAAGCGGACCCAAACCCGCUAGCCCUUAUACCCGAACCCAACCGACUCAUCUCAAUUUCUUCCUUCUUCCUGCUUCUUUUCUACCUUGAUUGACUCUUCAAUAUUUUUUAUUGAAAAAAAAAAGGAUUUCUUUUUACAUAAUUUUGGAUUAGUAAUGGCGACGUUGGUACGAUCAGUUGCUCGUAAUUUGAGGAGAAACAAAUUAUCCUCAAUGUAUUGUCCCGCCUCCAUAUUGCACUCCCAUGCUACCAGUUUUGGUUUUAAGGACGUAGCAGAAGAAGAAAAGAGCAAGAUGGUUGGGAAUGUCUUUACCAGUGUUGCUUCAAACUAUGAUCUUAUGAAUGAUCUAAUGAGUGGUGGACUUCAUCGUUUGUGGAAGGACAGAUUGGUUUCAAAGUUGAGUCCAUUUCCAGGAAUGAAGCAUCUUGAUGUGGCUGGAGGAACAGGGGAUGUUGCUUUCAGGAUCCUUGAAAAUAUAAAAAAUGUCAAACGCAGAGCAAUGCAAGAUGUUCUUGAUGAUGACCUAAUUGAAGAAACUAGAAUUUAUGUAUGUGACAUCAAUCCAAACAUGUUGCGUGUUGGUAAGAAGAGGGCCGAAGAGAGAGGUUUUGGAAGGGAUAAGUCUCUCGUUUGGGUGGAGGGAGAUGCAGAAGCCUUGAGUUUUGAAGACAACUCAAUGGAUGGUUACACAAUUGCUUUUGGUAUCAGGAAUGUUACACACAUAGAGAAAGCUCUCUCAGAAGCAUAUAGGGUGCUUAAAAGGGGAGGAAGGUUUCUUUGCCUUGAAUUAAGCCACGUUGAUAUCCCGAUUUAUAAGGACUUGUAUGAUUUCUAUUCAUUCUCAGUCAUCCCAGCAGUUGGUGAGCUAGUGACAGGUGAUCGAGAGUCUUAUCAAUACUUGGUUGAGAGCGUCCGCCGUUUCCCCCCACAGGUGGAGCUUGGAUAUGAAAUGACAAAGAAGCAAUUUGCCAAAAUGAUUGCAGAAGCUGGAUUUCAAAAGGUAGAAUACGAGAACCUUGUUGGUGGAGUUGUCGCAAUCCAUUCAGGGGUGAAGUUUUAGAGUCGUCUUCCAAGUUAACAUGGGGCUAACUGGUUUUUCAUGAAGAUAGAUCUCGCAAAGAAAUAGUUCAAGGUUCACAACUGAUAGGCCUAAGCCACAUUGAUGCAAAUUGAGAAGAUAGUGUUCAAUUGCGUUCUAACAUGUUCUGGGGAAUGACUAUGCUUUCAAUGUCCUAGGAGCAACUGCAGCAUGACCUUUCUCAUGAACUGUUAAUAUUAUAUUUCUUGCAAGUUGUGACUGUAGAUCUGAAGCUCAGUGAUGAAUAAGUUGGAUGUCAAUAAUACUUGGUGUUAUAGCUUUUGAUUACUUAAAUAUCACCACAGUUUGUAGUUUAGUUUACAAUAAAAUUAUGUUAUUCGGUUGGGAACUAGA